AAUACACUUUCAUUUUGUUGAUUUUUCAUUCUUUUACAAUUGUUUUGUGAGUUUUUAAAAACUUCAAGCUCCACUUCCGGUUUUGUAGAUCGACAUUUGUUUGAUCGAUUAAGUUCAAUAUGACCGUUAUUUGAAAUGAUUCGAAGGUUCGUCCAGUUUUAGAUGCGGAAUAAUGCACGGUAAUACAUCGUUGAUGCAGUUUCCGAUUCUUUCUUACAAUUCCAGCCAGUAAUUUCACGAUCUCCCCAACAUUCCGCAACAUCGAUCAUAUCAAUCCAGCUUGAACUGGAUUCCAACAUUCGAUCGGGCUCGUUCCAUUCCGUUUGACAGUUCCAGUGUGUUGGUGUGCGUGCGCGUGCUUCAACGCUAUUCACUGACUGCGCCGUAUACAAAUCUUCUGCUGGAGCACGGGUUUGUUCUGUGCCCCUUUCUUUCUCACCCCGCAAAACAUAGCGACAACAUAAUAGUGAUUUCGUUUUGCUAGCAUAAAUGCGUAUGCUGCCGUGCUUGUGCUGAUUCCAUCGCUUGGUUGUGUUUAUCCAUCCGGUCCGGUGCAGUUGGCGGGGGCCCGUAAACAAGACGCAGACCGCUUAUCUCCAACCCCGAAUUGAAUCGCAAUGAGUCGCCGGGUUUAAGAUAAGACCGACGAAACACACACACUCUCACACACGCCUGUUCGAGUUCGUUCGCUUCGUUCUGCUCAUCAAACCCACCCCCACACGGUCACAGUAUGUCGCAGGGGGACGGCCCCGCACCAUCCAAUCUGCCGGCCGGUGUGUCGCUGCUGGAGAACCAGGUCGCCGGCCACACCGCCGCCCAGGGUUGUCUGGGGCUGCUGAAACCCACCGGCGACGACGGCGACGACGCUGGCACGGUCCUGAAGCCAACCGGCAAGGUACAGUGCGGUAUACGCGAGAUCGAUUUCUACGAGCGGCUAGAGGAAGUGCGACGUUGCUGCCAUCAACCGGAAGCCGGUGGUAACACCGAGGAGGAAACCCUCUGGACGGCGCUGUUCCGAGUAGUGCCACAGUAUUACGGCCAUCCGAAGCUGACCGUGGACGGGCGGGAGGUUGAGUUCAUUCAGCUGGAAGAUUUGACCGCCGGGCUGGAGUGGCCAUGCAUCAUGGAUGUGAAGAUUGGGCGCCGCACGUGGGACCCGCUGGCGACGCCCGAGAAACGCCGGGCGGAGGAAGGCAAGUACAAGGCGUGCCGGCAGCGGUACGGGCUGUGCAUUCCCGGCUUUCAGUUUUACGCCGUGCGCAAGGGAGGCGCGCUGGUGCGGCACGGGAAGGAUUACGGCAAGCGGCUCACCGAGGACAACAUCCGUGACGCAUUUCUGCUGUAUUUAAACGCGACGGAAGAUGGACGACUGUCGCGCACGCUGCUGGAACGGUUUCUGGCCGAUUUGCGCAUCAUACGGGAUUGGGCGCGCAAGCAAACCACGUUCCGGCUGUACUCCAGCUCCGUGCUGCUCGUGUACGAUGCGGCCCAGCUCGGGCAAUGCGGGGACAGUGCACUGCAGAGAAACACAAGUCUGAACGCUUCGAACGGCCAAACGGCGGCGGCGCAGCUUUCUGUUAAGGCACGCAUGAUAGACUUUGCGCACGCCUUUCCAGCGGACGCUUCGGAGGCCGGCACCGUCGACGACAAUUACUUACAGGGAGUGGAGAGUUUGGUGGGCCUGUUCGAACAGUUUCUUGCCGCCGAGGGAAACGUUGACUAAAAACAAAAAAAGACGUAAAAAAGACUGGUAGUGAGAGAGAAAGAGAUGGGGUAAAAGGGAGAAUAUUUUUGAAUAAUUUUGAUAGGGUGUGUUGAAAUGUGUACUGUAAGUACGGCCAUUUCCAGACAGACCCUGUGACAGAGAACUCGCUUUAAUUUGUUUUGCUCAAAACAUUAAAAAAAAACAAAGACACCAACAGCAGUGAAAUGCGUUUUGUUGUUCACCCACUAUUGGCCAAAAAUUUGCAAUUGCCAUACGUUACGCCAUACUGCAAGUAAUGUUGUUGUGUUUAUUAAGAUUUGUAUAC